ACAUGACAUGCGUUGUCGUGACAUGGCGAUGUGUGGAGUUUGCACAUCAACAUUACCCACUUGUGUCUCUGGACUAGAUUAUUACAGCUAAUGCUUUGGUAGACAUGGUAGAACAUUGACUGAGAUGCCAUAGCCCACAGACAACAAAAAAGGUGAAACGUUGCAUAGGAUUUUAGAUUGAGCUAUGAGAGGUGUAUUAAAGCUCUCUGUUUAUCUACUGUGCCUGUCCCUCCUGCUAGAGCUGGUUCUCGUCAGUGGAGUGGAGUUCACCUUCAAGAGAUACAGCUACAAGAAGAAACGAGAUGACAAGCGUUACAAGCAUGCGAAGGAGAGAUGUGAACGAGCUGGAAUAUGUGAAGGGAAGGGGAGCGUGGACUUCAUCAAGUGUCUGCGGGAAUGCAUGUCCAAGAAGUGCUAUGAUGAACUGUAUGGACCUGAUGAAUUAGAGGAAGGAGAAGUGGACGUGAGACUCAAUUCUUUCAAAGGCUGUCUUUAUCAACAACCAUAUGAGAACUUCUAAAUGAAUACAAGUUGUGCAUCCAGUAGUAUUCCCAGUGGUGGUCUUCAUAACAUGACAGUGCCUGUGCAAAGACUUUCCAAGAGUGUCAGUAGUAAUCCCGGUGGCUUACACGGAAAGUUACUGUGUCACAACAAGGACCUCACAUCAUUUCAUCGUAGUGUAUGUAUGUAUACAAAAAUAUUUCAGAAAGACGUUCAGUCCAACAUAUUCAUGCUCCCAGUACAUUUUUCUGGAUUAUCAUGGGUUGUUUUACAAAACCUAGGAAAUUAUAAGAGUGAAAUGUUUACAAUAAGAUUCUUGAUGUUUUGCAUCAAGUACACUUUGUGUAUAUGUUUUGUACAUUUUAUGUACAGAAAUAAAAACAAAUCACA